AAUAACAUCGAUGCCACCAUUGUGAAUUAUUAUCGCUGGCUCAUGGAUUAUCGUUGAUGCGAAUCAACAAGCAACUUUGACAUUGACUUGUUUACCAGUAGCGGCAAGACUGUGCCCGUAUGUCAAAUUUGUUGUGUAUGUCAAAAUGUAAUUGCGUUGUACAGCUGUUAUCAAUUAACAAUAACCAGAGGUUGCAGGACAGUGUGUCAGCUUUCCAAAAUGAAAACUAUCGAGGCGAAAAUCGUGGUUUUGGGCGCUCAAGGUGUUGGUAAAACUAGUAUGGUUGUCAGAUAUAUUGGUAAAAUGUUCAGCCAUCACAUCAGCCCAACAAUUGGAGCAUCGUUCUUCACAUGCAAAAUAAAUAUUGAAGAUACAAGAGUAAAGCUGCAGGUUUGGGACACUGCUGGUCAAGAGAGAUUCAGAUCCAUGGCACCCAUGUACUACCGCAAUGCGAAUGCUGCCCUCCUUGUGUUUGACAUCACACAAUAUGACUCUUUCUUGUCUGUCAAAUCAUGGGUGAAAGAAUUGCAGAGAAAUGUUGAUGAACCAAUGGUGUUGAGUGUUGUUGGAAACAAAAUUGAUCUGUCAGAUGGGAGGAAGGUAUCUAAAGAAGAGGCCUCAGCAUAUGCAGAGUCUAUAGGUGCACGGUACUUUGAGUCAUCUGCUUUACAGGAUGAAGGUAUUGAGGAAGUAUUUUUGAAUACAGCAGUGGGUCUCAUACGUCUUUGUGAAGACUCCUCAUGUUCCAGCCUCAGAGUGUAUGACUCCUCAGAAAGAAUGAGCCCACGGACCAAUGUUUUUCAUGAUCCUGCUUCUCCACCUUCACCACCAACUGUUACUCAACCGGUAGUUCAUACAGAUGUGCCUUUUGUACCAGCACAAGCUGAAGUAGAACGUUCUCCUUUCUGUUGUUGAAUGGCUUCAGUCAUGUUGCAUUUUAUUGUAAUGAAAAUGACUGAUUCUGCAUGGUUACCCUAACAUUUCACGAGUACGAAAUGUUAGUGAAAACUGUGAAGCAAAAAACAUUACAAGAAUGUUAGUUAAUGACUGGAGUAAAUAUUGAAUGGCAUAAUUAUAUUACUGUGAAUAUAAUUAUCCCCAUGACAGGUAUUUUGUAUAGUGACACAAUGAUUAAUAGGGAAGGAGAAUUAUUCAUGUGUACAUUAAUUUACAUUUACACUUGUAUUCCACAAGAUACUGUGCAGUGUGUGGUGGUGGUACAUACUGUACCAGUAUAUUGUUGAAGUAGAUGAAAAUGUGGGUUCUGAUGUUUAAUUUAGUGUUCAUAAUAUUUUAUGAACUUUUGAAGAUUCAGUAUUGAAAAUGCUGUUUGAAACAAUAUUUUUAUAAAAUUUAAGAAAUACUGCAUUUAAAAUGCUUUUUAUGACUAUUUUAUGAGAUUACUAGAUUGUUACUACAUACAUAGAGUGAACAUUUGCCCGAUUGCUGUUUUGAUCAGUCUUUAAACAUUAACAAGAAGUCUUAUGAUUAUAAAACUAGUACCAGAUUUUUUAUAGAUAUUACAGAGAAGGGAUCAUAGCUGUUUCUGACAAAAUGACAUACUUUGAAUUCUUACUGCCUGUGAUGUUAUUAUUUGAACUCUUCAGUUUUCCUGUUUGCAGAAACAGACCUGUUAUUUGAGAGUGGGCUUUUAUCAUCACACAAUGUUUCAGUGCCUCUUGUAAACAACUAUCUAAUGUUUUUUUACCUCAUAUAUUAUUAAAUAAACUUGGCAGCUAUAUUUGUGAUAUGUAAGGUAAUUGGUUGCUGAAUUCCAUUGGUCAGUUGAUGAUCAUUCUUUGAACAGUGUUUAAGAAUAAUAUAUCAAAAUGUGUAAGAGUGUAUAUUGGGAUAAUGGAAUCAAAUGGAAUUGAAUCAAUAAGGUAUAUAGGUAACAUAAAUAUAUGAAAGAAAUGUUUGCACAUCCUGUGACAACUGUAAAUGUCUGGGAUAACACACAAACUUUUCCUUUCCCUUCAGUUUUUGUUUUAAAG